AUGCCUAUCACAAGUGAAGACGAAUAUGCUAUUACCGCGGCAACAAAAACUACUUUGCAUAAUGAAACGAAUACGGGAAUUGUUACUUUUAACCACGGAUGUAGAAUGCCAAAUAGAUUUGAUCCUCUCCGUUUUUAUCCAAAAUGGGAAUAUUUGGAGAGCAAUGAUAAUUUAUUCACAAAAGGAGAUGAGAAAUUUGUGUGCGACCAAAGCAACAUCCAAAACGACGAUAACAUAGAUCUAACUUAUUAUAUGUCUAAACGUCAAAGCAGCAAUGUAAUAAUUUGGGGUUCUUUUCACCGUACACUGCUACUAUCAGACGGUGAAAAAUGGCUAACCGAGCAUCUGCGGCGGUACUGCUGGCCAUUGGAAGUCCACCUCUAUGGAGAUCAAAACGGUUUAAGCUUUAUGACCUUUUUGCAAUUAUUUCAAUUGCUUUACCCGGGAGAACACGUAGCGCGUAUGGCGGUGCCGCUACAGUGGGUGAAUGCUGAAACGAUGCAAGACAAAUGCAAUUGCGAGUUGCUACUCACUCCCAAUAUUACACAUUCAGAAAUAAAUGAGAUGCUUGAGAAAAUGGAAGAAGGACGAAACAAAAGAGAGUGCACUGGCCGUGGCCAACUCGACAGAGAAUGGCAGAAAACAGUGCGAGCUGCUGAAAUCUCCUUGCGAAAAGUCCCCCACUAUGCUGGCAACACACUCCUCGGCACCAAUAGUCAAUUAGAUGUUGAUCCAAUAUUACGAGCAGCGAGACACGCACGUCAAAUGCAGGACAUUUCCCACGCUGCCGAUCUAUAUUUUCAGCUUGUCGCAGAUAGACCUCGCGGCGCAAACGAAUGGCGGGAAUUAUCCUCUUGUUUGAUGGACAUUGACAAAGAUUGGGCUCAAGUCUGCAUUAAUAAAUCCUUGAGCCUAGACCCAAGGCAUCGACUUACCUUACUCUCGAAAGCUUCUAGACUGUACGACGAUGAUCCAGCGGCUGCCGAAAUAUUCUUUGAGGCCAUUCUGACUCUCUAUCCUUUCUGGUCUACGGGCUGGGUGGUUGCUAACGUGUACUACGUGAAACGAAAGAUGUUUCAUAUGGCCGACCAACUGGCAGAAAUAUGUCUGUCCCGUGGUGUUGCUGAAUCGGGUGAGACGGCUGCGUUCUACCAUCUGGUGGCUCUGUGCUGCCGGUUGCGAGGUGAUGUCGACGACGCGUUGUGUCAUCUACAGAUAGCCAUUGACAAGUUCGGAGAUCACACCAUAGGCAAUGAAGGUGGUGACAGUGAUGGCGCUGAAGAACAGACCGGAGCACGAACAUGUGCCGCCGCGUGUGCCGUCCAAGCGCUAAAGUGGGACCGGCAAGCGGGACGAGCUUGGGUCCUGUUAUCGAAAUUGUUGGCGCCAUCUGCCCGUCGUGAACACUGUCAAAAGAUGGCCCGAUCGGAUUACAAUAUAAUAUUGGUAUCUAUACUCUUCCAUGACGAAGAUAAGGAUGAGCAGAUGGUGGCAAAUGCCUAUCCGGCGGGUAAGUAG